GAUAAUCCUGGUUCUUCCAGUGUUUGCGGUGUGGCAACUGCAAUUGCCAGUCAAGAGUAAAAUGGUGGUUAGCGCCGCCUUUGGGUCUGGCAUUUUUGCCUCCAUAUGUAGAAUCAUCCGACUCGUAUACAGCAUUAAAUUGGUCCACAGUGAGGAUUUCAGCUGGAAUAUGGCUCCCGUGGGCCUGUGGGCAAUUUACUCCUACAGCUACGCCGAAAUAGCAACCAUCAUUCUCGCAGGAUCGAUACCGAUUAUACCCAAGUUUAUAGGGUGGGCUCGCGGUCAGGAAAUGUCUCGUUCUCAAUCCAAGAUACCUAAUCCCUCUGUCAACUGGACAAGAAAAGCAUUCCGAAAGGGGGCCGAUUGCGUGCCUCUUUCGGAUAUCGGUGAUCAGACUUAUUCAGGUUUGAGACAAGGGACUAGCGACGGUGUAUUUUCAGAAUGUAAAGUUCUAAUGCGUGUUUUCAAGUCCGUUGAAAUGGAAACAACAUUCGAAUCGUGGCCUGCUUAG